UUGACAUGGGCUGCUGAACUCGUCGUCUGGCCCAAUAGUCCUCACCAAGUCGGCCACGAGUGCAGCUUCUACGAAGACUUCGCUUUACGAGGCAUCCGAGUCGACCGGGUGACCCCGGCCUCGUUUCUUGUACCUUCACCGUGCCUCCUGGCCUCACUGAGUGGGAAGCUAGCCACCAGAGCGAUUGCCAACCUGGUCGAUGAGGUGGGAGGCGCCGUGGUUCAGAAAGGCGGCUACGCUGGAACGGUUGUGCUGGUGAAGAACAAGCAGACUGGGGAGUUGAUCGCCGAGGGCCGCCAUUCCUUGUUCGGCAAACUUCCUAGCGAGAUGUGA